UCAAUCUGUUCCAUCUCGUACCGUUUUUCGAAUUAAUUUAAAUUACAAAUCGAAUCCGGCAUCUGGGUUUAGCUUUCUCCUAGAGCUAUAAAAUUCUUAAAAUUGAUAAUAACAAUUCCCGUUUCGAUUAUUAUGUGUAAAAUAUUCGUUGAUGUGAAAAACACACACGUUGGCCUUUUUUUUUGCCAGUACCCAUCUGCUGCAUCACUUUCUUCAGUCUAGCACCUUCCACCUGACCAAUAAGUAAAGCGAAAUCUCAGGUCAGAUAAAAAUUCUGUUAUAUCGGUUUCGGGACUGCCUACACGUUCACUAUUUCCUCUUUAAAAUAUAGAUUUCCGCAGUGAGGGAUUGUUUAAUUGUUAUUUCAUUCAUUUUAUGUGUUUUUCAAAAUGUGUAUGUUCGGUGAUUUCGUCAAGGAGUGCAUUUGGAACCAUUUAAUUCUUGCUCCAAUAAGGAGUUUCUUCAACAGGGGCAAAGUCAAGGAGGAAGUUCAACAAGGCGUAGAAGUUGUGGUGAAUGCUGCCGAAAAGGGUUUGGAAUCAUUAGAUCAAGCCACAUCAGGUGCAGUGUCAAGUCUAGCGGAUGAACUGUCGAAGGCGGGAGUGGACCUGAGCCAUUUCAAAAAUUCAAUUGUCGAAGGUUUGGAAAAGGAGACUCAAGCGCUGACAGAUGAUGUACACACAGUGGAAAACGAGGUGGCGAACACAGAGAAAAAGGUCGUGAAUGUCGUAGCUAACGUUGGCCAGGGUUUGAAAGAUGAAUUCCAUCACGUUGAAACUCAGACGGAGGUCAAAGUUGAAAAGGCGGAAGAAGCGGCUAAGACAACAUUUGUAAAAACGGAAAAAAUGGCCGAAAGCGCAUUACAGAGUGCUGGUAACGUCAUAAAGAACACUGAGAAUUCCGUCGUGGAGACGGUGUCAUCGUUGGCUUCCGAUCUGGCAAGUUUUGGAGAACCUUCACAGGACAAGAAAGAUAUCCCCGCAGAAAAAGGCGAAUCAGCCUCCUACCUUUCGAAGGGAUGGAACGCCGCCGAAGAAACCGUCGCGUCGGGCAUCCAAAACGCCAAAGAAGCUGCCUCUGCAACCGAGAAAAAAGUUGAAGAAGGACUAUUGGGUUUUGGAGAGAAGGUCAUGGGUGGUAUCAGCGGGGGCGUCCAAAGCGUUGAAGGUUCCAUAUCGAAAACUGAAGAUACCAUAUCAGGGUGGACUACAUCUCUUCUUACCAAAGAAAAGGAACUCGUAUCAGGAUUCACUGGCCUCAAGGACGACGCGAAGGAGGCUGUAUCCAACAAAAAGGAAGAAGUAUCUUCCGGCCUUCAAGCCAAAAGUGAAGAAGUAUCGUCUGCCAUCCACGCUGGUGUGAAACAUGGAGAAGAACUGGCUUCGGCUGGCGUUGAGACGGCGACGCAGGAUCUGAGCUCUCUUCGGGAUGAAAUGUCUUCAUCGGUGCAGCAAGUCGCUGAAAAAGUAGCAGAAAAUGCUGAUAACCUCAAAGAGAAGGCCGUAGAAAAGAAGACAGAAGCUACUUCCGGGUUCAGCUCUGACCUGCAUUUCCUUCGAGACACAGUGGUAGCUUCUAAAGAUAUCGUGGUGGAAUCUUUGAGCUUCGGCCGUCAACACAAAGACAACGAAGAGCCUAAAGAACAGACAUCAGCGCCAGAGUUCCAAAGCACCCAAAAACCAAUAUCAAGUUCGCUCGACACCGAGGAGAAAAAACCUGAAGAACAGAGCUCUUCAGAUAACACAAGUAACCCAGAUAAUAAGGAAGAAGAGAUGGGCGAUAAAGAAGAUAAAAAUGAACAUUCUCCUGUGAAAGAGGUCAGCGACUUUUUGCAACAAGAAAUUUCUGAAAGCAGCAAACAUAUCGAAGAGGCUGUGAAAGAAGCAGUAGCACCUAGUAGUUCAACUGAGGCUCAGGUUGCAAAGCACACAAUUUUCGACAGUUUCACCGAUAUCAGCUCUACGAUUACAAACACCCUCCAUAACAUUGAAACUGAAAUCGAAAGCACUGGAAAAAAUAUUCUGACUGGUGUAGGAACUACAGUAAAGGAAGCUGGUGAUUUUAUGGUUGGCACUGAGGAAGUAGAUGCGAAAAUGGAUGAUGCAGAGUUGAAAACUGAAGCUGUUACUAGCCUUUUAGAUAAAUCGUUUCUUAAUUAAUUGGACGACGCAGUAAAAUGCAGGACCCCCACCUGUGCCUUUUAUCAAAUAUAUAUUUAUUUGUUGAGCUUUUUAUUGAACUGAAAGCAUUUUUUGUCUUUGUGAUGUAAUUUAUUUCGUCAAGUUUUUAUUAUAUAUUUUGUAUGGAGUGAUAGGGUAAUCGAAUGAGAGAAUGUUUUAACUACACAAAUUAUAUUAAUAAAAAUUUUUUAUGCCUGUCA